AUGGACGAACCUUAUUUAAAAGCGAAAUUUCAUUUGCAUAUUAGUCACUAUAAGGAUCAAAAAGCGACGAGUAAUACUCCAGUGGAAUCUGUACAAAAAGAAAGUGAUACAUACUAUAUUACAUUCCGCCGUACACCGCGAAUGUCCACAUACUUAGUAGGAUGGGCAGUACAUAACUUUGUUGCCGGAACGAUCACAAAUUUCGGGAGAUUUCAAGAUGUGGACAAGAGACUGAAGUUUCAUGGAUCGAUGGCCUUGAAUCGCGGUUGGGCUGUCUACUCGACGUUACAGACAUGGUUAAUAAUAGAAAGCCCGCUCGUGAAGGUCGAUCAAUUUGCGAUACCGGAUUUCAAUUUCAAUGCGAUGGAGAAUUGGAACCUCAUCACUUAUAGAGAAUCUGUAGUGUUGCAUGAAGAUGAAACUCCGAGGAGAAAAGUAGUGAACGGACUGUCAGUGAUGGUUCACGAGUACGCUCACAGUGCCUAUGUAAUUCGCAUGAUCAGUCAUAUGAUCGGAAGCACAACAUUCCAAUUAGGAUUACAAAAUUAUUUGCGCGAGUUGUCAUUUGAAGCAGCCACUCCAUUCGACUUGUAUCGACACUUGCAAGCUGCAUCAAAUAUAACAAGGCAAUUGUACAAAGGCAUAUUUAUAAAAGACGUCAUAGAAUCCUGGGCAAAUCAGCCAGAAUAUCUCUUAGUGAUCAUACACGAAACUACAAAACGAAGGCUUUCUUUGCCUCGCAAGAACGAUUUUAUCUAA